CUACUGGCUGUCACCUUGGAGAGAGUAGGCUCUGAGAUGAGCGAGCAGUGCUCUGUGCUGGAACAGCUACACCAAGCUGGGGAGUGGAUUAGCCCCCUGGCCCGACACUGUCUGGCCAGUUUACAGAGAAGGCUGGAGCUGCUGCAAGCUGCAAACUCCACAGUGAACCAGUCGCUGAUGGCCAGAGUCAGACAGAUCACCCAGUAUCAUGAGCGGCUGAGGCAGUUUGAGGCUGCCUUGUUGGAGAGGAGGAUGAAAGUUCGGAACCAAUUGGCAGAAUGUGUAGCACAGAGCACCAGCGACCAACUUCAGUUGAUUGAGAAGAUGGAGUGUGAUCUGGAGCCUAUCGAUGCUGAGUUACUGGCUAUGACUGCAGAGGGACAGCAAUAUGACCUGGAGACCACUGCAACUGAGGAUCUCUGCAAGCUGGAGGAGAUCCUCACUGGUAUUCGCGUGUGCCUGAGCGAUCGCCGGGGACAGGUCCAGCAAACCACAUUGGUCCCGAGUCAGUAUGAGAGGCUGCUGCAGGAUCUCCUGGGCUUGGUCAACGAUGGACAGGAGAGGCUUUCCCAGGGGAUGAGACUGCUCUCCAAAAACAUUGGUGAUCUACAGAGCCAGCUACAGAGCCAUAAG